AUGCGAGUUAAUCAUGUACUGCUUCUGACCCUCGUCGUCCUUCUCGCUUGCAGCGACGUUGUCUUGGGUUCCACUAUCAAACAACAAGCACACGUAUCCCCGGUGGCUUCGCUCGUUGACAUUAAGGUUAUUAUCAACAAUCGAAGAAAGCUUCGAACAAGCGAGAUGGCCGUCUCGGACGACGAAGAGAGAGGAGCGAUCGACACCCUGCGCGCCAAGCUGAUUGGGCCAGCCAACAAAGUGUUGACGUGGCUUAAGAGAAAGGAAGUCGCAGCUGCAGAGAAAGCGAAGACCAAGAAGCUUGUGGAAUUUGUGAAAACUCAAGCUCGCUCCGAAAACCUCGACGACGCUGUGAAGAAUUUGCAGAAGGAAGGCAUCACUCAUGGCCAGGUCAAGGAAUGGCUAAGACUCGACAAGGAAAAGAAUCAGUGGAUGACUCUGGACCGCGAUAGCCCGCUCUAUCUCAUGAGUACCAACUUUUUGACAAGCUCAGGGAUGCAGCUGUAA